GGGGUUUAAUUCUUACUAGCUACUAGCUAUAAAAGCGGCUGAGAUCUUUGCCAACUUGCGCAGUCUUCAAGUAUUCAAGUAUUCAGCAUGAAGUGGUUCUCGUUGUGCAUUUUGCUGCUGGCAUUUCUGGCUCUGAUUGCAGCGGCGCCUGCCGGUCAGAUACGCGUACGAACGUCUUCGACUAGACAGGUGCGCGUGCGCAACGGCAACAUCAAGUGGAACGGCGAUUGCCACAAUUGCGAUAUACGCACCACCAAAGACACGGCUCAGGUGACCAGCACCAGAAAUCGACAAUGGACUAAGAAAUUCUAAAAGAAAAGCCAAAUGUUUAAUUUAUAGAUAGUUGUUAUAGAUAGUUGUGAAUAGUUUUAAUAUUUAUAUUAACAAGUAAACUAAAAAACAAAUUUGUUUAUUUUGAAAA